AUGCGUAUUACACGCGGUACUACCUUUGAGCAGUUGAAAGCGAACAUUCAUCAGAAAUUGGGGUUCAAAGGGAAUCAACGUAUUUCUCAAGUCACUAUAAGAGCUCUUGCUGGCAAUUAUGAAUACACAGCAAUAUCAAUUACGGAUGAUGAUGAUGUUGAUAUUAUAUUAGACAUAUUUGUGGAACAAGCUGACACAAGUGUUGAUCAUACGAAUGCUAGAAAGUUUGUGGAGAUAUAUGUAGAUUUUGAAAAUAUCGAUGUUUUGUCAAUACCGAUUUGGUCGCUUGAUCUGAAUAUAGCACCCGACACUGAUAAUUUAAAUAGGAAUGCAUCACCUUCUGUACUUCCAGUAGCGCCCAACAAUUUGAUAUUUGACGCUGAAGACCUACCAACAUAUGACCGUAAUGACGAGGACGAUGACGAAGAAGAAGAAGAUGAGGAUGUGUGCCUGGCAGCCGACAUUAAUGACGAUGAAUCAGCUAGUGAAGAUGACGACGAUAGUAAUCCAUCUGAUGUGCCGAUAGGCUUUCAAAACAACGUCAAUGAAUCCACAUCAACGGGUAUCGUUGGGUAUCAAAAUGUGGUUGCAGGUGACAAUGUAACUCCCAAUGUAAACCCUAAUGUAACUCCGUUUUGGAAUGGCAUACCACAUUACUCAUAUAUUAAUUAUGAGUAUCCGAAUGAAGAUCGAAAAUACAACGAGAGAGAUUGUCAUGGUGCAUGGACCAUUGGGGAUGAGUUAUUUGUUAAACAAGAGUUUGAAUCUAAGGAAUCAGUGCAGAUGGCGGUCAAGCCAUACUAUAUGGUGAAGGAAGAACCUCAUGUAUCAAUCAGUUUGAUACAAGAAAAAAUCCAAAACAAUUAUGGAUUUACUAUUUCAUACAGGAAGGCUAGGAAGGAUAAACAAAAAGCCAUGGCAAAAAUCUACGGUGAUUGGGACCAAUCUUAUGCUUAUUUGCCUAAAUGGUUUAAUUACAUGCUUAAAUUUUCUGAGGGUUCUGUCUAUCUCAUUCACACAAAUGACUACGUGGUCAAUCACCGUGUUGUCAAUGGUUACAGGGUUUUCCAUAGAAUUUUCUGGACUUUUAAGCAAUGUUGUGACGCGUUCAACUUCUGCAAACCGGUUAUACAAGUUGAUGGUACUCAUUUAUAUGGGAAGUAUAAAGGUACAUUGCCGAUUGCCACAACGCAUGAUGGAAACAAUGAGGUAUUAUCAUUGGCUUUUGCAGUUGUAGAAGGUGAAACAAAGGAGUCAUGGGAAUACUUUUUGUCCUGUAUACGUUUGUAUGUCACUCAAAAGACAGGUUAUACUCCAUCGAAGGUAAAUUUUGAUGUUAAGUUGGAGGAAUUUCGGAGCAAUAGUCCAGAGGUAGCGGCGUGGAUUGAUGCUAUCCCGAAGGAGAAAUGGAGUCGUGCAUAUAAUGUGGAUGGACGGCAUUAUUGUCAUAUGACAACAAAUUUAUCUGAAUGCGUAAAUAGCAUUUUUAAAGGGGCUCGAGGGAUGCCAAUCACAGCUUUGGUCAAGCACACCUACAGUAAGCUUGUGCAUUACUUUGUAAAGAGAGGUCACGAAGCUAGUCUUGAUGUUGCUGUCGGUAUUAAGUUUUGUCAUAAUGCCCACCUUAGAAUGGAGAGAGAAGCAGUUGCUGCCUCAUCACACAUUGUUCGUGCAUUUAAUAGAGAAUCUACCUUAUUUGAAGUGGAAGAACCAUAUAAUCCAAUAACACAGAAAGGGGGAUAUUUAUUGUCUUUGUACUUGAAUGAAAGAAAGUGUCAGUGUGGAAAAUUUGAAGCGUUUAAAUAUCCAUGCAGCCAUGUCAGGGCGGUUUGUUUGAAGGUGGGUAUGACUCAUGAGAAUUUUGUGGACCCAUGCUACUCCAUCCUCAAUAUUAAUAAGGUGUAUGCAUCACCUCGGUAUUCGAUCGGCAAUGAGGACGCGAUCCCACCUUAUACUGGACCGAUACUUCUGCCAGAUCCACACCGUGUGCGGGCAAAGGGACGUCCUAAGAGGUCUCGCAUUCAUAACGAGAUGGAUCAAGUAGAAUCCAGUUCAAGUCGUACUAAGUGCGGUGUUUGUGGAAGGAUUGGGCAUAAUAGACGAUCAUGUCCUGCAUGUGUAAAUAUCCAAUGA